AUGAGGGUUGGGGGGGAGAGCGGGUGGGUCCCCCCGCGCGACGGCCCCCGCAGGGCUCAAGGCUGCUCCGUCUCCCCCCCUCCCCCCCACCCGGCUUCCCGUCCCCGCGGCCGCUUUCUCCUCAGUCGCUGCCGGCCGCUUUCUCCUCAGCCGCCGCCUCCUCCUCAGCCGCCGGUGCCGCCGCGGCCGGACUCACCUCCCCUAGCAAAGCCGGAUAGAGCGGAGCCAGCGGCGGACACGCGCAACCAGCCGCCGAGGCCCCGCCCCCGCCUCACACUGACCGGCUGCCCUAGCCAAUCCACGCCCACCUGUCUGCGUCUGCCUCCAAUCCUGGGCCCGGAGCUUCAGACAGGCGCACUGUUCGGCCAGUGGCAACAAGGAGCAGGAAGCUGCGUGCUAAUCCCGCCCGCAAAAGCUGGAAGAGAGGGUGGAAUAAAAGAACCAAUCAUGAGCCGGGGACCAAGAACAGAGCAACCAAUCCUUGGCUUGAAGAUGAAGUGGGAAGGGACCGGGGCCAGAUAGACACUAGAUUUGACAA